AUGAGGAUGCCGGAUCUACCUAGAGUCACUCUAGACACGACGCUCGCUGAUCUCUAUCGACGAGCAAGCCCGAGAACAGCGAAUAAGCGCAUCGCUCACAUCUUUUGUGGUAUCAAUUCCGCCUCGCACUUAAGCGCCAAUGUCCCCAGAAACGCAAAAUAUCUGUACCAAGACAGCCCAUUCAACUCCAUCACCACGGAUGAAGCCAGCGAUGGUACAGACCGUGCCAAGGAGCAGCAAAAGGAGCUAGCUGUAAAAUACCUAUCGCUGAUCCCACAACGAGAUGCAUUCAUCAGCGGCGACACGGCUGUUGUUCUCUUCAACAUUGACGAGACCGAGAAGCAAAAGGCGCACGACAAGAAAGAGGCGGCGAAGACGAUUUCAGUACUAUCCGAGAAGCAGCGGCCGAAUCUCAUCUUUUGCUCCGGCCCGUCAAAGAUCCCGAUCAAAGAAGCUGGUAUUGAUCUGAUUUCUUACAAGUUGGUGCUGGACGGCCUGGAAGAUUAUAACCUGGUGAUCCCGCCCGAGAAGCAUUGGUUCCUCAAUUCAAAGGCCGCCCUCGCACAAUCCGGCCUGCCGACUCCCAAGUCGAGAAUCGUAGAGCUCGAAGGGCUUGCGGGACAAGCCACGGUAUGCUGCACGUCAUGCAAAGGAGACACUGCCGAAUUCGUCAUUCCCCAGGCAUGCUCUGGAGUUCGCGGGAAGUGGUUCGAGGAGCAGAGCGAGAAGAUCUUCGCCGACCUCAAGGCGCACCCUCUCCCGUUCGUUCUCAAGAAUCAGCAGACUUUUGGUGGCGCAGGAACGUACAUCAUUAAUAAUGAAGAAGAUCGCGAAAAGCUCGUGCGAGAUUUCCGCGGCGGCAUCCUGCGUAAACUACUGUCCUCGGUAACCGAGUCCAACGUGCACCUUCGGCCCGCGGCGCUCAUCUUAUCGGACCUCGUCGAGAACCCGAUAGGUGACUAUGGUUUGACCUUCUUUGUCACCGAAGAAGGUGGCGAUCCUAUUUUCUUGGCGGCAUCGGAGCAGAUGAUUGACGCAGACAAGGCGUGGAUCGGAAGCACCAUCAACUACGCCAACCAGGACAAAUUAAAGAAGAAAUUUGGACCUCUCGUACGGAAGAUUGCCGAAUGGCUGCGGAGCCAUGAUUAUAUCGGUCCCGCAGGGGCCGAUGUGCUUGAGACGGCGCCGACGACGAACGGGCACACGGCAAAUGGACGCACGCCGAAUGGGCACAUUACAAACGGGCAAAACGCCGACGGCCGUGCAACGAAUGGUGCUUCGAGCGAGGAGGACUUCUCGAAUUAUCACGUCUUUGAUCUGAACAUUCGGACAUCGGGGUCUCUUUGCCUUCCCCUGCUUAGAGGGCACUUCACCAGCCGAGGACUCUGGAACGCGUCGUCAUUCUCCAUCAGAUCCAAGAAGGGUCGCGAGGAGUUUGUGAAUCUCUUCCGCAAAGAGUUUGAGUCCGGUCAAAUGUGCAUCGUCAGCUGGUACGAGGAUCCGGAUACCGGGGUUAGUUUGGCAGACGUGGCGGUUGGCGCCGAGGAUGAGAACGGCUUGAAGACUGCAAUGAAGCGCGUAAGGGAUGCUACGGAUGAGGUUACAUUUUGA